AUGCCUCUUAUGCGCUUUCGUAAUUCAUUUUGCGCUUUUUCUCUUUCUUGGUCCCUCCCUGUUUGCUACUAUUCAUCACUCAAGGAUUGCCAUGUCCGGCCACUGCACUCUCCCAUCCCUGGACCACUCCCUCGCCACCGAGUGCUAGUAUACGAUCGGAAAGAUGUGUAUGAUGAAACUACGUUAACUUUGAAUCGCACUUGUCUUAAAUUUUCUAGCCGCUCUGUUGGGACUGCUUCAGCCCCAGUGACUGGCACUCGCAUGAACACCCGAAAAGCUGCUAUACGGAAGCAGCGGAAGAAAGAGCCUGCUAGACGAACAACCGUUAGUCCCCACUCUUCUUUCCCCUUCAUCUCUGGUGGUGACGUUCGUCAUGAGGCUCAGCUAUCUUCUUUGUCUGCCUGGCGUCUUAUCAGCCUACCUGCCUCAGCCCUACCUAAUUCUUCCAACUAUCUUUUUGAUCCAUGGAAAACUCCAAGUCGCUCAGUCGAAACGCAAUCUCAGCAUACGUCUCUCGCUACUGCAUAUACCGUAAAUACUGAUACUAGUUCUAUAAGCUGCUCCGAUAGUGUGGAUCAACAAGGAAUCUUGACUGCGCAAACCCGGCUGGAACAGCACCUAUUUGUUUUGGCACUAAGCAAGGUGUUGGCUGAGCAGAAUAGGCAAGCUCAGCUGGAGGAUCACUCGACAGCUUCAAAGCGAACAGGGGAUUCAGUUGAAGGGCAACCACUUGCCACUCCUUGUUGCCUUCUUCUGACGCCCAGUCUAUUAGCCGACAAAGAUAGAAGUGGAGGGACUCCAUGCCAUUCAGAGAGUGGAUGGAAAGGUAUUCAGCUACUCGUUCACCAUUUUUCUCCUUUGUGUGCUUAG